UCAUCAUCAUCUGUCUGUGUAUAAAGGUCUAUAGGAAGAGGUGGCAUAUUUUUUCAAGUUCUUCGCAUAUCAAAAUAUAAGAGUAGGUUUUAUAUGUACCUGUGUUGGCCACACCUUGACAAGUACAAUGAGUUUCCGUGGGCUUCUCGGCAUCAUCGUCUACUUCGGAUGCAUCCUAUUGUCAGUCAAUGGGCAGCAAAACGUUAAUCUAACAGUAACACCAGGAACGGUUUCAACAAGUUCCGGGGAGAGAGUGGAAUUACAAUGUAUAUUCUCCGGGGCGUGGAUGCCAGGGUAUAACCUGCAAUGGAAAAAAGGGGACACUCCCAUUGCUGAAAAAUCGUCCACGACCAUUUUGGCGCCGUUUGCAAGCACGAGUCGAUUUUCCCUAUCCAUGGAGACACCAAAUGAUAUCAUAUAUGUGCUGAACAUUACAGCGCUUGAGAAGAAUGACACGGGACAAUACAACUGCCUGUUCUCCACGAAUAAUGGCGUCCAGCAGACGGCGUCAUCCCGCGUGGUUGUUGAUUUUGACGCCUGCGAGAAUAACAACUGCUCUGAGAACGCUACUUGCGUCGCCACCAGUACUGGGUACACGUGUACCUGUUUUGACGGGUUCACAGGGGACGGAACUACUUGUACAGAUAUUGAUGAAUGCUCCGACGUCAAUCUCAACAACUGCACGGCGAAUGCUGCCUGUGUGAAUACUAUAGGAGGAUACCAGUGUGUUUGUUUACCAGGGUUCAAUGACACUGGAGAGAGUUGUGUCGACAUUGAUGAAUGCCAAAACCUCGAGUUGUCGAAAUGUUCGGAAAACGCUACCUGUACCAACUCAGAACCAGGCUUUGAAUGCACAUGCGCAUUCGGGUUCUCGGGAAAUGGCACUUUUUGUGAAGUGAGUACCGUGGAGAAGUUACUGGAGGACAACAUGCCUUUAAUCGUUGGAGUCACAGCGGCUGUUAUCGCAGUGGUGGUCGUGAUUAUUAUCGUUGUUAUUGUGAAGACGACGUCUUCCAAAAAAGAUUACCAAGGCAUGUAAUCAAGGGAUCCUACCCGGCCCGUUAAGAUCGGAAAACCGGUCUAUAACUUUAGUCAUCCAGCAACCAGAUUGGAGAAAAGUCGCACAUUUGCAACAGUGCGCAUGUUUUGUUUUAACAUGAUAUUGAUUGUUUUUUUGAAAUCUACAUCCAGUAAGUUAUAAUUAAUUUUAUGCAAUAAUGCAAAAAUUGAGACAAGCUUGAAAACCAAAGAGUUCACUUUGCCAACAUGAGUUUAAAACCCAAAUAAAAACAUGGCCGUUAGCGUUCGAGUAAUUCAUGACGUAAUACAUAGUAAUAUAUAAUAAUGAGUAAUACAUAAAGCAUGAAAGUUUCAGCAUCUACUAUUUUAACAGAUUUACAAUUUACGUUGACAUCUUUGUUUUAUCGACCAAUCGUACUGGUCAGUGGAAUGAAUUUUCAAAAAAGACUUCCUCAUACCAGCUGAAUAAAGACCUAUUGUUUUACAGAUAAAUUUUUCCUUUAAGUAAAAUACUUAUAAAAGUAGACGAACUUUCAAGUUUCAAGAUUGAUUUAUUUACCAAAUGGGUCAGUGUGUAAACUGCGUCAUUUUCUGAAACACACAUUUGAAGUGGCUUUCUUUAUUUUAAUACGUAGUUACUCAAACCAAGGACUUGUACAUGUAUCAGAUUGUAUUUUCGGUGUUUUAAUAAACUCUCUAUCAUUACAA